AUUCACUGGUAUGUUUAAUUACGCAACCGUGCGUGUGACGUAGAAUAUCUCAGUAGCCAAUCACGUAGCAGAGCGCCAAGAUUCACCCGGAAUGUAAAAACAUGGCGGACAAAGACGAAGACAUUUUCUUUAAAAAGGAAACCGUCCACAAACUCCUUUCUAGUUUCUUCAAGGAGGAAAAAACUAAACUAAGCAGUGAGGCUGCUCUGCUCAUGGCAGAGAUGCUGAAGGUUUUUGUACAAGAGGCUGCUAUACGAUCACAGAAACAAGCUGAAUCUGAGGAGUGCGACCAAGUGGAUAUUGAGCAUUUUGAAAAGAUAUUACCACAGCUGCUUUUGGAUUUCUAAAGUAACCACAAGAGGGAGCUAGAGGUCUACAGACAUGUUCUCACAUUUUAUUUUAUGCACACUUUUUUUCUUUUGUGUACCUGUAAUUUCAUAAUUACCAAAAUUUGAGAUUAAGCGUC